CCUCGUCCUAGUCUUGUAUAGCGUUGCAUUUGUCGCAGUUACUGCCCUCUUUUAUUGCGCAUUGCCUUACUUUCUGGUCUUGGAGAGGGAGGUCACUGUGACUUUUACUUUCUUGGGGGGCUGGCUUCCUUGGUCGCUGGGUCAACUUGACACCUACCUUAGCUCUACCUACUUGCCCGCUGGCUUCUCUCCCUAACCAAGCCUCGUCUUGAGCAAGCGAUUUUCCAGGACGGACAACGACACACAGAAGACACGAUGAGAGGGAUAUUACCAUUGCGCUUCGGUACCCCGAUGCAGCCCUCUAGUAGUACCGAUUCAUCUUCAUCGUCUCCUGCGCUGGCGCGACGACAAUACGUCGAGACCGAUGAUGGAUAUGUGUGGUUCUGGUACACGACGGCCGGCGUCAUCAUCAAGUACACCAUUUUCUUCGCCUUCCUGCUCCUGCUGGUCGGAUGGGUGAUCGGCGGCCGGGUGCACGCAAAGCGGCGAUUGAGAAAAGGACUCAAACCCCUGAGAUACCACGCUUGGCUUCUCUCCCGGUAUGAACGCGCACAAGUCGAUCCUGCUUAUGCCUACCCACAAGCCACUUAUCGUCCCGUGUACGGAAACAACAGCGGCGGCGGUGGUGGUGGUGCGGAUUACUACGGCAUGCACUCGAUGCCGCCGCCUGUCUACGAUCCCACCAGACCACCUGUGUACGACGGUCCCCCGGUGGGGUCGAAAGUCGACCCCGUGCAGGAUAGACAGGGACAACAGGCUCCUAUGCAGACACAGGGAGUAGAUGAAUACACGCCACCGGCCGGACCGCCUCCUGGAAGAUGAAGAAAACACCGGGCUGUGGGGGCGAUUCGGGCUUGAGCUCGGUUGUUCUAUUCCUUAGACAUCGUGUUGGAAGUCGGCAUUGUGGUAAUUGUAGAACGCGAGUCUCUUGGGAAGAAUGGACCGGGAUUACUGUCGUUGUCGUAACUUGGUUUAGGGUUACUUGGAUCAAAGGGCUACUGGCCUCGCUCGAGGGUUUGUAAGUUCGAUAUACUCG